AUUCUUGUAGUUGAUUUUCGUGGAUAUUCUCGGGAUUUUUUAUGCUCAGCAAUAGGAUUUCAAAAUAGUUUGAGUGGAUACGCUGUCGAUCGGAAAUUAGCUAUUUUAAAUUUUAAUGUGGUAGAGCGUCUAUUUUGUGAAUUAAGUUAGAUUUUAAUUUAUAUUAACACGCACUCACGUGUAUGGGCAUAAUGAGUGAUAUAGAAAAUUUCUAUGGGUGCUACAUACUGGUUUCUACCAAUCCAAAAUUCAAAGGUCGCACUUAUAUUGGCUUUACUGUUGACCCUAAUCGUCGCAUUCAGCAACAUAAUAAGGGUAUGAAAGCAGGUGGUGCUUGGAAAACUAACAACAAAGGACCAUGGGAAAUGGUUUUGAUUAUCCAUGGAUUUCCUAAUGAAAUUUCUGCUUUAAGGUUUGAAUGGGCCUGGCAGCAUCCACUGAAGUCUAGAAGGCUACGUCAUAUUACUGGUAAAUCUAGGAAAGAAACUAGCUUUAGCUAUCGUUUUCGAGUUCUUUCAGAAAUGUUGAGAGUAGGACCAUGGAAUAGAUUGCCUCUCACUGUGCGGUGGUUGAAGGAAGAUAGCCAAAUUGAUUUUCGGGCUGAUACUCUACCCCCAGUUCACAUGCCAAUCACCACAGGACCAGUCAAAUGUAUCAAAACAUUAUCAUCCAGAGGGAAAGUUUCAGAUCCUAAAGAACCAGAAGAAAUGCAGCCACUUGAUGAUGAAUCAACUGAUGAUUCGGAUGAUAACAGUGAACCAGAUGACAUAUCAUUAUCUGAUGAUGAUGAACUAAGUAACUCAUAUAAUGGUAAUAAACCAGAAGAAGCAUCACUUUUUGAUGAUCAACCAGGAACCUCCUCUACUGGUGGUAAUACAGCAAAAACAUUACUUAUUAAUGAUCAACCAACUUCAUACUGUGUUGAUGAACUGAAGACUAUUUCAUCAACCAGCAGUCAACCACCUUCCUGGUGCUCUGUGUGUCAUGAAGAGCUUCUACCAGGGAAGAGAGCUGUGAAUUGCCUCUAUCCAGCAUGUUCUGCAUGCUCUCACAUGACCUGUCUAGCUAAUCACUUCUUAGCUUCUGCAGGUGAGACAGAACAGAUUAUUCCUGUAGAGGGAGAUUGUCCAUUGUGCAGUGAACAUGUGUUGUGGGGUGAUAUAGUCAAGCAUUAUUUUGGUUGCUAUCAAAACCCAAAGCUUUUAGGCCUUCCUGAUGAGAAAGAUGAUAGUAAACACUGGGCAAUGGAUCUUUAACAUAACUGUUUUGUAUUUUUAGCCACUUGGAAACUGUCUCGUAUAUAUCACUCUGUCAGUAAUGAUUUAUAUUGUUAUACAUUAACAAUAAAUUUAUAUUUUAUUAAAGUGACCUUUCUUAUUGUGUAAACCACAAACACGCAGGUGUUGUCGGUAGUGAUAGUGGUUACUAUUUUUCUUACUGUAAAAUUUUAGUUCAAUAUGCAGGAGAUACAACAUGGAAACCAUUCACUGGACAAUGAUAGCUUCUUUUAUGAAAUUGUUUGUAGUCUAAAGAAAAAAAAAAUGAAGAUAUGAUAAAUCUUGUAAUAAAGGUCGACUUACCCUCCAGUGGAUGAGUGGUGAGUCUUAUAAUGCUAAAUAUAUAUUUUGAUACCUGUGAUGGGCAGAGCAUAGAUAGUCCAUAGUGUAUCUUUUUACUUAACAACAACUGUACAAAAGUGUUAAUGUUUAGAUUAUUAGGCCACUUUGUGUCAAUAUAUGUAUAAAACUUGAGGCAUCUUAUACUAUUUUUUGAUUUUUUUCUCUUGUGAAUAUUGCAUAUUAUGCAACAUAAAUAAUGCAGUUAGAACACUAAUGGCGACUACAAGACAAUCGCAAGUGGUAGAAGUGUGGUGCAUGUUUUCACAUAAGUUUGCAUUUACAUAUGCAAAAAAUAUAUAUCACUAGAACUUAAAAGGAUAUGAUGUUGUAACUUCAUGUUUUUUUUCAUGUGGCUAUGAAACUAGAAUGUUUGAUGUCAGAAAAAAUACAUGCCAGAGUUUCAUUACAACAGAUAGCUUUGCACCCAUUGUGGUUGAGGGGUUGCAUAUACCUUUGUGGUUUAUAUUAUUAAGAAGGAAUAGCUUUUGAAGAAAAGUUUAAUUAAAUUUCUUAUUACGAACUUUAAAUCAUGCAUUGAUGUGCCAUUAUGAUUGACAUUAUACCAUCUUGUAACUAUCAUUGAGUUUUUAUAGGGUUUCAUUAAAUGUUGAAAACUGUUUUAA